CCGUUUAUCGCGGAAGUAAACAUAAAGAAGCCGAGAGAUUUAAGGCUGCGUCACAAAGUUCUGGCUCAAAGUGUCUGAAAUCUGCCUGGAGUCUGGUUCACUGAGAGCGGCCAGCAGCGUUUUAUCCUUCCCUGUGUUGCGGAGUUCGGUGCAGUUCGGGAUGUCGGUGACGGUGAAGGCCUACCUGCUGGGGAAGGACGAGUCGGUGAAGGAGAUCCGGAGGUUUGCGGUGGAUCAGGACGUUUCCUGCAGUUUCGAGUAUCUGAGCAAGAAGACAGCCAGUGUGUUCAGCAACCUGAAGAGCUCCAGCUUCAGCCUGUUCUACAGAGAUGAAGAUGGAGACCUGGUGGCGUUUUCCUCUGACGAUGAGCUGAUGAUGGGGCUGGGCUGUAUGAAGGACGCCACGUUCCGCCUCUUCAUCAAAGAGAAAAAGGAGCACCGCCGAGACUUCCCUCUUCAUGCCUUCCCACCUUUCGCCUUUGGCCCUCCUGCACCUGGAGCUCCUCAUCCCCCACCCCCUCACCUGGCCCCUCCCCCCAUCCUUCACCCUAACGUCACCUGUGACGGCUGUGACGGCGCUGUGGUCGGGACGCGCUUCAAGUGUUCGGUGUGCCCGAACUACGACCUGUGCUCCACCUGCCAGGCCCGCGGAACGCACACUGAGCACGCUCUGCUGCCCAUCUGGCACCCGCUGCAGGUACCACACCUGUGGUUUCCUCGAGGGAAGUGGAUGAAGAGGAUGAGACACUGCAUGUGGAACCAGAACCUGAACCAGAACCAGGCUCAGGACCAGGACCAGGACCCAGAACCGAACCAAGACCAGGACCAAGCGGGACCCUUCAGACCUGCAGCUGACUGCAGCGCCUCCUCUGCCUCCCAGGCCAACAUGACGUUUCUGAAGAACAUCGGCGAGGGCGUGGCGGCCAUGUUGAGCCCGCUAGGUAUCGAUGUGGACAUCGACGUGGAGCACGAAGGUCAGAGGACGAAGGUAGCCCCGCCCACUUCAGGUGGGGGUGUGGAGGGUGACGUGGAGAUGGAUAGGGCCAGCAGUGAGGGCGGGGCCAGCCGUGAGGGCGGGGCCAGCCAUGAGGGCGGGGCCAACCAGGGGCCAAAGGUGAACAGGGACUCAGAUGAGGAGUGGACUCACCUGAGCUCCAGAGAGGUGGACCCUUCCACAGGGGAGCUGCAGUCUCUGCAGCCCGGCUACCAGGAGCCCCUGUCUGGGGGCCAGCAGGGGCCCACAGGUCUGAGGGAGGCGGCCCUGUACCCCCACCUGCCUCAAGAGGCGGACCCCGGCCUGGUGGAGUCUCUGUCCCAGAUGCUGUCAAUGGGCUUCACCGACGAGGGCGGCUGGCUGACCCGCCUCCUCCAGGCAAAGAACUUCGACAUCGGAGCUGCUCUAGACGCCAUCCAGUACGCCAAGCAGCCCCGCCCACAGCCCUGAUGACAUCAUCACCACCUCACCGCUGACAUCAUAGUAUACGUUCAACAAGAUGAAUCUGUUUCCUUUAUUUCUGAGCUCAUGUUCUGUCAGUGGCGCGUCAAUACUUAUUGAUCACUGUUAGUCAAUACUUACUGAUCACUGUUAGUCAAUACUUUUACUCGUUGAUCACUGCUAAUCAAUACUUUUACUUAUUAAUUACUGUUAACCUUUACUUAUUGAUCACUGUUAAUCAAUACUUUUACUUAUUAAUUACUGUUCAUCAAUACUUUUACUUAUUGAUCACUGUUUCUGCUCUGAUCUUUGUCUGACAGUUUGUUAGUCAAUAAAACUGAGUUUAAACUGAA